UUCAUCCAUCUCCAGCCAGAUGGAAGCAGGAGCCUCUCGGCACCGAUCAGCCCCGGGCAAGGAGGUUGGCUCCUGCAUGUCACCAUUAGACCAGCAGCCCAUGGCACACUAGUUUGGCAUUGCCAGGAUCCUGGAGAACCCCACCUGCAGGGACAGUGUCCCUGAGCUGCCACCCCAGGCCCCCUCGAUGCAGCAUCCCAUGGGAGCCUGGCAGCCCCUUGGGGUGGUCCAGGGGGGAAGCCAAUGACAGCCCUUACCCAGGGCAAGGGAGGUCCCCCAAGCCUUCUCCAUGGGAACAGAGAUCAGUGUUUGCUCCAUGACAAAGCCUUAUCUGCAACCUUUACCCGUGUUUGCUCAGACCCUCCAGCCAUUGGGUGGCCGGGCCUGGCUCCCCCCAAGACAAGGUACAUUCCUGCUGCAGGACAGGCGGCGCUGGCUCAGCACAUCCUGCCAGGGCAGCCAGGCCACAGCACACCCCGAGCCCACGGCCAGCGCCCGGCGAUGGAGGCUGAUGAUGGCACGGAGGAGCCCUCGCUGCCCCUGGCACUGACCAGGUUCCAGGUCUCCGAGGAGUUCGGUUUCCUGCUUCCCGAUCCGCUGACAGAACUGCCAGAGCCCUACAGCCCCUGGAUGGAGGUCGCCCACCAGCUGCCCCAGCUGAUCGCCAGCCACCGGCUCCGCUCCCGCGUUCACCAGAUGCCGCAGCUGAGCGCCCGGCACCUCCGAGGACGCGAGGAGCUGCACUUGGCACACCUGGUGCUCAGCUUCAUCACCAUGGGCUACGUCUGGCAGGAGGGCGAGGAGGGCACCGUGCAGGUCCUGCCCCGAAACCUCGCCGUCCCCUACUGGGAGGUCUCCGAGGCCCUGGGCCUCCCGCCCAUCCUCAGCCACGCAGACUUUGUGUUGGCCAACUGGAGGAGGAAGGACCCCAAUGGGCCUCUGGAAAUCGAGAACCUGGACCCCAUCAUCACCCUGCCCGGGGGAGAGAGCCUGCGGGGCUUCGUCCUCGUCACCCUCCUGGUUGAGAAGGCGGCUGUGCCUGGCAUCACGGCAAUCGUCAGGGCCCUUCAUGCCAUCCUGCAGCACGAUGAGGAGACCCUGCAGAGAGCCCUGGAGGAGCUGGCAGGGGCCAUCGAGGCCAUGAGGGAGGCGCUGAGGCGGAUGCACGACCACGUGGAUCCCGCAGUGUUCUACGCUGUGAUCCGCAUCUUUCUCUCUGGCUGGAAGGACAAUCCCGCCAUGCCGGCCGGGCUGGUCUAUGAGGGGGUGUCCGAGGAGCCCCUGGCGUUCUCGGGGGGCAGCGCGGCUCAGAGCACGGUCCUGCACGCCUUCGAUGAGCUGCUGGGGAUCCGCCACAGCCAGGACACCGCUGCCUUCCUGCACAGGAUGAGGAACUACAUGCCCCCGCCCCACAGAGCCUUCGUGGAGGAGAUCCAGCGUGGCCCGUCCCUGAAGCAGCACGUGCUCUCCUGCAGGGACAGGCGGCUCCGCGGGGCCUUCAACCGCUGCGUGGCAGCGCUGGCAGAAUUCAGGUCCUACCACAUCACCGUGGUCACCAAGUACGUGGCCGUGGCGGCGGCCAAAGCCAGGGCCGGGCGGGCAGAGCCGGGCGCCAGGGCUGGCCCUGCCCUGGGGAAGGCCCCGUCUGCGCUGGAGGCCAAAGGCACCGGCGGGUCCCACAUCUUCAGCUUCCUCAAGAGCAUCAGGGACACCACCAGGGAGGGGAUGAUAAGUGCCUGACGUGCCCCGAGGGCCGGCAGGGCACUGCCCAUGGUGGGUGCAGGAGGCCGGGCGGCUCCGCUGUCUGUCUGCAGCACAGGAGCCAAGGUCCAAAACCUCCCCUCGGCAGCAUCACUCCCACCUGUGCGUGUCUGGGACACGAGGAACGUGCUCGGGGCUGCCAAGGGAGGACAGUGCUGCUGCUUCCCCCCCCAGAAGGCACACGGUGAGCUCAGCAUCCCCCCACGGCCUGGAGACAGGCACAGUGUCCUCCCGUGGCACUGGCAUCAGCACAUCGUCCCAAGGCACCAGGAUGGGUGCAGCGUCCUCCCGCGGCACCGGGACGAGCCGUGUCCCUGCCAGCCCCGCCUGCCGCCCGCAGCACCCCGGGGGUCGGGGCUGCUGGACACGGGGGGGUUACACGGACGAAUAAAGCAGCGAAUCCCGA